AUGGCGGACUCGAAGAACACAGUCGACAACAAAACAGAAGACUCUGUCGGUGGUGUGGAAGCUACCAGCUACACCAACGGAGAGCAGGUCUCGGAAAUGGACGAUACUCAUCUCACGAUGCCUCGGUUUCCCAAGUUCUACCGGAGCGUGCUGUUCCAGAUGGUGCUUUUUGGGGCACUAUCCUUCGUCGGACCGGCCAUGUCUGAUGCCAUCUCCAAUCUCGGAGGUGGAGGUCUCUCAUCACCAUAUCUCGCAAACCUGGCCAACGCCCUCAACUAUGCCUCGGGGUGCAUCAUCACGCUCUUUGGUGGACCUCUGAUCAACAAGUUCGGGAUCAAGUGGGCUUGCAUGAUUGCUGCGGUGGCGAUGCCGCUGGAUGGCUCUGGAUACUACGUGAGCGCUAGAUACGGCGUGGACUGGUAUUUGCUCUUCGCUAGGCUUCUUGGUGGUUUCACCGGCGGAUUUCUCUACGUCGGGGAGACGACAGCAAUGCUCUCUUAUCCCCACCAAAAUGACCGGGGGUUAUAUCUAGGGAUUUGGUCCGCAAUGCGUAAUUCGGGGAGUGUGAUCGGUGGUGCGAUCAACUUUGCUACCAAUAACACCAACUCUUCAUCUGGGAGCAUUGCAUGGUCGACGUACCUCAUCUUCGUCGGGUUCGAAUGUACUGGUGUGAUUUGGGCCUUCAUGCUGUCACCCACCCACCGUGUGCGUCGGCGAGAUGGUUCCAAAGUUCCCUCGACUGACACCGUAACCUGGAAACAAGAGUUUGAAGCAUUGUGGAAGCAUGCCCAGCGGAGAAAGGCGACACCUUUCCAGACUUGGUUGGUCUUCAUCCCGGCUCUCUACUCAUUUUUCUACGGUGGGACUAUGGGUACCUAUCUGUCCCUCCACUUCUCCGUUCGGGCACGUGCACUGUCGUCUCUGAUCACUCCAACAAUCACCAUUUUCAUGGUCAUCGCCUACGGGCGGCUGCUAGACCGAAAAUGCUGGUCCCAAAGCCAACGAGCAUGGAUUGCGUUCGCUCUCUGGGUCAUCCCCCAAGCGGCCUGUUUCGUCUGGAUCGGUUUCGAGUACCACAAGUUCGGCACGGCCUCAGCCGCGUUGGAUUAUGAACUUGAUGGUAGGCAAUGGGCAGAAGCCUACCUCCCCUACCUAAUCAUUUUCACCACCGGCUACUGGACUCAACUCUCCCUGUACUGGAUCCUCGGGACCUUCUCCACGGACGUCAAGUCGUCGUCUCGAACAGGCGGUCUCUUCCGUGCCUUCGAGACCGCUGGCCAGGCUAUCUCGUACGCCAUCAACUCGAGCGUCGGGGGAGAUGCCAGGAUACCAUUCUAUGUUAAUUGCGCCUUACUGGCUGUCACAAUCCCGUGCAUGGUUUUCUUGAUCCGGAUCGUGCCUGAGACGCCGGCCCAGACAGAUGUGGAUGUUGAUGAGCAACAAAUAUUGGAGGGGCUCGUCAGAGCACACCGGGAUUGA